ACAAAUGUAGUUCUUGUAAUAAUCACUAUUCACCUGAAGCUUUUAUGCUUAAUGGAAAAAAAUAUAAGACAUGUGCAACUUGUUUAAUUAAAAAAGCUGAGAAAAGAGCUAGAAAAAAAGCCUUGCCUGAUAAUAAUAAUGUUAAUAUACCCGAAGUUAUUUCAUUAGAAGAUUUAAGUGAAUAUUUUGCAGAGUUGACAGACAAUCUUGAGAAUAAUAUGGGGUUAUACUUUACAGUACAAGUUGAUAUUGCUGAUAUGUCUAUUUUAGUUAAUUAG